AUGAGAGUAGCUCUUUUGACUGAAGUUGCACUUUUUGCACUUGUAGGUUUACUAGCGAUCUUAAGAAAACUGCGUACGGCUCCAGAAAAAGAACUUAGAUUGCUGCUUCUUGGAUUGGAUAAUGCUGGUAAAACUACAAUUUUAAAAACUUUAGCUUCGGAAGAUAUCAGCAACGUCACACCAACUGCGGGUUUCAAUAUAAAAUCUGUGAAUACCGACGGAUUUAAACUAAAUGUCUGGGAUAUUGGUGGACAAAGGAAGAUAAGACCGUAUUGGAAAAAUUACUUUGAAAAUACUGAUGCAUUGAUAUAUGUGGUAGAUUCCGCCGAUAAAUUACGCCUCGAAGAGACGGGAAUAGAACUUUACGAACUACUUAGUGAUGAUAAACUUCAAGAUGUUCCGCUGCUGGUUUAUGCUAAUAAACAAGAUCUUCCCGAAUCAUUAACAGCCGCCGAAAUUGCUCGAACUUUGGGGCUGCCUACAAUCAAGGAUAGAUCUUGGCAAAUUCAAGCUUGCACAGCCAUUCAAGGAAUCGGAGUCCGAGACGGAAUGGAAUGGGUUUGUAAAAAUAUCAAAAAGAAGUGAAAAUAAUUAAUCUACAACAGCAGCUUAGUAAAUGAAUAAAAAUGCAAUGUCGAAAGUUACUUUUAUA